UGUUAUCUAUUUAUAAAAAUCAUAGAGUAUAAGUCAUUUUUCUGUAGUUCUAGUGGCAUAACAUAAACAAUUAUGGGGCUAACUAGCAUUCUGGCUGUACACUCCAGCACUUUUUUGGGCAACCACCUUGGGGGAAGACAGCCCGGCAAAUGAUUCAGCUAAACACCAUCUUAUUAUUUUAGCCACAUAUAAAUUUGUUAUUUUAGAGGAUUUCCUUGAUGAGUCUAUUAGCAUAACAGUAGGGACAUUAGCCUGAGAUGCUUUGGCCAUUUGAUGGGAGGCCAUGUAGAUCAAAAGGUCGUAGGUGUGAAGAGCAAUGGCAGCUCACUUAUAUAUAAAGUCAGGGGAAUGCUCUGUUUGUUCAGUCUGGGAGAAAGCCUCUAAGAGCAUUACACCUUCCUGGAAGAGAGAUCAGCAGUGCAAGCAUGGCAUUUCUGACAGCAGUCCUGUGCUUUGGUUUCGCAUACAUGGCACAAGGGUUGCCCAUCUGGCUAGAGAGAGCAGAGAGUAGAAUUCCUCUCUUUGGAUCCAGAGUGGCGUUAAAUGUCCCAAGUCUACUGGAUGGAAACAGACAUCAUAGAGAUAUGAAAUACCCUUUUUAUAUGAUGCAACUCUACCAGAAUCUUGUCAUGGCAAAUGAUACUGGUCUUGCCAAUCGACCAAACACUAUCACUAAGGAAUACGAUACCGCUCUAAGUCUCUUUGCAAAAAAGUGCACAGAAAGUGAGAACCGUUGGACACUGUCUUUUGACAUGUCGGCUGUCUCCAAGAGUAAUGAACUGAAGUUGGCAGAACUAAGAAUUCUACUUCCUCACACUGAAACUUUGCACAAUGUUACUGUGGAUAUGUACCACAGUAGGGACGGUGAAGACAAGCUCUACUUGGGAUCAUUUGACACAAACCCUUCUUCUACCAAAGGCUCACCAUGGAAAGUCUUUAAUGUAACUAAGAUUCUACAGCAUUAUUUCAAGGAUGGGAGGGAUAUUGGUAGUGAACACCUAAGAUCUAAGAACAAGCCAGAGAGAGGCUCUGGUAUGAGCGAUGCAGAGUUCCUAGAUGCCCCAGGACAUUCCCCACAGUACAAUCCCCAUAAUACAACUGUACGUACAUAUCUCACUACAGAGAAAGUCAUGCUUGUGUUGUUUACUAUAGUCAAGCCCUCUGCCAAACACAUUGGAUUUCCCAGCCUCAUUAAGACAGCAGAGUCAUCCAAAUAUGUUGACAUGGAGAAAGCUAGUAGGUUGCCUGGUAUUAGGAGACACAGAAGGAACAGGAAUGAAAAGCAUCACUUAUCAAUAGGAAGCAUACCUUCCAGACAUGUCAAUAAUGGGAAACCUCUCUGUAGGAGGGUAGACAUGAUUGUGGACUUCAAGGACAUUGGAUGGAGCAACUGGAUUGUCUACCCAAAAAAGUACAAUGCUUAUAGGUGUGAGGGAGCUUGUCCAAUUCCACUUAAUGAGACUUUCAAACCAACAAACCAUGCCUAUAUGAAAAGUGUGGUCAAGCUGUACCAACCAGAAAGAGUGGAGUGUCCAAUGUGCGUCCCGGUGAAGAUGAGCCCUCUCUCCAUGUUGUAUUAUGAGGGCGACGAGGUUGUUUUGAGGCACCACGAAGAGAUGAUUGUAGAGGAAUGUGGGUGCAGUUAAUGAUUUUACUAGCCUAGAAAACAGUAGAUGUUAUCAAUGUUAUCCAACAAUCCCUUCUGUAUAAAAAGGUGUGUAAAUAUUUAUGUAGAUUUGUAAAUAGUGGAGAUGUAUAUUUUGUAUUUAUUAAUGGUAGGGAUAAGCUAAUUAAAUAUUUGUGUCAAAUUAACAUGGAUUGAAACAUUUGUAUUAUUUGUGCUAUUCUAAUAAGUUGUGCUUUGGUUCGCUUGCAAUAAACUAUAAAA